AUGAAUGGGUUGGAUCCGAACGAAGCGACCGAAACUCUGAAGAACCUCCUUAAAGUUGGUCAACCUCUACUUUCCUCUUCUGUGAUUGAUGGUAGCGGCAAAACCGACACCCCGAGUAGCGUGAGUCUUCUGCAGCAGCUAUUCGCAACCGCGGCCAACGUUGGAAGUAUCAGCGGCAUGGAGCAACUGGUCGAGCUACGCGCCUCGCCGGAGGGGGAAGCCAUUCCUCUAGUUGCCCAGAAAGAUGUCCGAAUCGACGUGCGUGUCGACAAAGCCGAGUAUCUGAACAACAAAGUCAAGAUCCGCAAUAUCGUGGACCUCGGUUGGGAGAACAAAUUCACCUACGGUAAUCAAAUCGCCGAGCAUUGCAGCCGGGGAUACCUGGCCUACACUCUGAAAAUGGCAUCCGGAUGCGGAGGUGUUCGGAUCAUCAACACGAACACCAACUGCAGAGCUCUGAUCAAAGGAAUUCAAGGCCACGUAGCGGAUCUAGCGUUCGCUCACAUUAAGAGCGAAGUGAUUUUAGCGGUCGUCGAUGAUUUCGGCAACUUGUACAUCUACCAGAUCGGAGAGGACGGGGGUAUCAGUUACUUUCCGCUUCUCCAAAUCAACCGUCAUCACAAGACCACCGGUGAACCGAAUCGUGUGAUUUGGUGCAAGUACAUCCCGGACGAUUUCGAGUACGUUCCGCAGAACAACGACCAGGACAAUUUCUCGAAGUUGCUGAUGGCGUCUCACAAGGGUCAAUGCGAAUUCUAUUAUGUCGACAUGAUCCAGACGAGGUACGGUCAAGGCGUCGUCUUGGAUGAAGGAGAUCUCAAGACAGGCUGUGACGUGGUGAGCAGCGUGAUUCCCGGAGUCGUGACCGAGGGCUCGAUCGCCCCCGAGGCGACCACGGCCGCGGUCGCUACGUCCACCGGGGUGACGAAAUUCAUCAAGUUGAACAUGACCCAGGAUCCUGAGAAGCGUCAAUUGCAGUCGAUUCACGAGUGGGCGCCGCAUCAAGGACCGAUCAGUUCGAUAUUCUUCCUCGACGAUCACCAGUCGCUGGAAGCUGAUGCUCGUUUCUGGGAGUACGUAGUCACGGGUGCCGACGAGAACCGGGAACUCAAGUUGUGGGACUGCGCUUCGUGGACCUGCCGUCAAACGCUCCGUUUCGACGGCUUCGGUCGAGAAGUGUGUCUCAAAGCCCGCAUGGACCUCUCGUCGAACUACAUCAUACUCUCAGACCUGAGCAACAACAUUCUCUACAUAAUACAGAUUCACCGGGAGACGGAAAACGGAAGCACCGUGUCGGCCUCGUUCGCAUCGAUCGCCUAUUUCCACCUCACCUUCCCGGUGAUCAGUUUCACCGUGAGCUCUGUCAGUUACUGCAAGUUCAAGCCUAUGGAAGAACACAUUCUGAACAUUCUUGAACGGGAGGAUGAUGACGAAUCCAAGAAACUCGAGGGAGUGCUCGUGGAGCUCUGCUGGCUGACGACGAAAUCGCUGCAACACUGCAGCAUAAUCUACAGGCCCGUCAAGGGUCCCCAACCGAAGCUCCCGAGAAGUCUCGCCUCGCCGGAACUUGGAGCCAGCCUUCCCGAACCAGCGAUUCUAUAUCGACGUUCCGAAAGCGACGCAUCUUCUCCGAGCAAGGAAGUAGCUGAUAUCCUUCAACAGACCGAGUCCGAAGAGAACGCGAACACCACGCCGGAAGAGAAGAACUCUCCGAACGAUUUAGCGAAAGCCUGCGAGAAGCUCCAGAAUCAGAGCGCCGCCUACGCUCCGACCACGAACUCCGACGACCUCCAGAGGAGCUUCGCGACCGUGACGCUCAAUGUCGAUGAAGUGUCCCGUGAGCUCGGGGUUCAGCUGACCAGGAGUCUCACGAACGACGUCCGCGAAGUCAUCGCUCCGGCCGUGCAGACAUCGAUCAACAAAAUCGGAGAGGAUUGUAAGCUGGCGUUCCUGACCGAGGCACGUCAGACGACGCGAGACGCGGUGGGUCAGGUGAUCUGUCCGACGUUCGAGAGAAUCACCCAGAAACUCUUUGUCGACCUCACGAACACCAUGAAUGUCGGUAUGAAGCAACUAUUGGAAAAGAUGGAGACUCAUCUCGAGGCUCGAGCGAAGGAAAGGCUCGAGGUCAACAAGAAGCAUCUCGAGGAGACUAUGGUGGUUGCGGCCAACAACAUGGUCAAGAGCAUCAACAGAUCUUUCGAGCACACGGUUGUCGAGAGCAUGCUCCAGUGCAAGGAGGCUCUGACCACAGUGGUGGCGAACGAAAUGGCCAAGUACGACAAGAGCCUCAAAGAAACCAUCCGCGAAGAGGUUUCGAAAGCCAUCCAAGCGGAAAAGAGGGCCGUCAUGGCGAGUCCUGCGGGGAGCCUGAGUUCCGUUGACUCGAACAGGAAUGCGACAGUGCUCUACGAGAUCACGCAUCUCCUCAGCAAGAACGAGGUCAGAACAGCAUUCUCGAAAGCGCUUUCGGUCAGCGACCUCGACGUUCUCAUUCAGACCCUGCGCCUGGCCGAGCAUAAGAGCAUCUUCAAGAGGGACCGUUGUCCUCUCACCCCUCAGGUCCUCGUCGCCCUCAUCCAACAGCUGUCCGCCGAUAUUUUGACGCACACCCAACUCAAGCUGAAGUAUCUCGAAGACGCCAUGAUGACUCUGGAUGCUCAGGAUGAAGUCACGAGGCAAUUGCUGCUUCGUAUCUUACCUUCAUUCAUUGAGUCACUGAAAAAUUUCUUGAAAACCAACCCCAACCAUGCGGAAUAUCGUCGAGUCGACCGGCUUAGGAGCAUGGCUGAACUUUACACGGACCGCGUAUCGGCCAUCUAUUAAAGUCUUCGAAACCUCAUUCCCUCAGCCACCUCCGCGAUCCGCUCUUUGUAGAUUUUCGGAGCCACUCCCAGGCGCUACAGUCCUCGGAGGGAUCCUUAUGUACAGAAUUAAUCUCGGCGAUUCCUUGAUUUUCGUAAUCUUUAGCUUUCUACGGUAGGCUAGUUCGGACGUUUCAUUCAUGCGAAAUAAUUCGAAACAUAGAGACUUAAAAUUUCUUCAAUAGUGUCACGAACGAAUCGUUCUCACAUCUUCAGUCGUUGCCCCAAAUAGUUCCCUGAUCCCCGUCCACAACAAACUACCGGAAGUCGAAAUACCUACAUUCAUUAUUAUCGAUAGAAAGUGACUCAUUGAUAAGUCCUCAUCCUUGUGAGUUUGUAUACGAAGUAGCUCCAUCCAGGACGGUUGGAGCCAAUAAUUUAUCGUCGUCCAUCAAUA